AUGGUGGCACCCCUGCUCAUUUUGUUGUUGUCCCUCCAACUGUGUCACACCACAUCUUGGGCCUACAUUGGGAAUCCUUCAAAUACCAAUACACUACACGAUAAUUAUCCCGAUUUUUCUCAAGGACCCUCUAAUGAACUGACAAGUGAAACGGAAACAGACUCACCAAACAGUCAAGAGGAGGAUAACCAGCUGACCGGACAAAAUACCGACAACACCCCCUUGAUACAGACCAUAGAUGAUGAAACCGAAAUGCAAUUUCCCAAACCCAUACAAUGGGUCAGUAUUGAUCAUUUGCGUAAUUCUAUCAUUCUGCGGUUUCAAAAUCCAUCACCCAAAAUUUUAAAUAAACUUGACCCGGAAGAAAUGAAGAGAUUACGAUCGCUGCAGGAGAAUGCUAUGCGUUGGGGCAAACGUUCAUAUGAAAGUUAUCCGGCUCUAAGCCGUAAUGGUCUGGCGGAUAAAAAUCCCAUGGGUCGCAUGGAUUUUGUUAGCAAUCAUCAGGUCAUACGAGAUUCACGAGGUGAUAAUUUCAUGCGUUUUGGACGUUCGGCGGGCGGUAGCGGUAAUGAUGAUAACUUUAUGCGUUUUGGCCGUGCAUCGGGCAAUAAUGACUUCAUGCGUUUCGGUCGGGCUGGCCAGGAUAAUUUUAUGCGAUUUGGUAGAUCAGCCGGGCAGGACUUUAUGAGAUUCGGCCGCAACCCUAAUUUUAUGAGAUUUGGUCGUGCUUCGGGUCAGGAUUUCAUGAGAUUCGGUCGUGCUCAAGGACAAGAUUUUAUGCGAUUUGGCCGUGCCCCAGGACAAGAUUUUAUGAGAUUUGGUCGUACCCCAGGUGGACAAGAUUUUAUGAGAUUUGGUAGAGCCCAGGGACAGGAUUUCAUGAGAUUUGGUAGAGCCCAGGGACAAGAUUUUAUGCGAUUUGGCCGUACCCCUGGUAGCCAAGAUUUCAUGCGUUUCGGUAGACCCGAUAAUUUUAUGCGUUUCGGUCGAACUCCUGCUCAAUCAAGUGAUUUUAUGCGUUUCGGAAAAAGUCUCGACAAAUCGGAAAAUAAAACAUCUAGUCUGCAGAAACAGCAACAACAACAAUUGGGUAAAAACGAAUUGAAACAAGCCGUUAAGCUAAUACACGAAGCUGAUAAAAAUUCCGAAAGUGGUAAUCCCGUCGACAAGGCCAUCAAGGCUUUAUUCGAUAAACAUGAAUUUGAUGACGACCAUCACACCGAUGAAAAUCAUUCGGGCGCCACACAUGAUUCAAAUUCUGAUGA